UCUCAAGGCGGCAAGAAAAACCACACGGGGAGGUGGAAACUGACGAAACAGACCACCAUCAAGGCAUGAUGUUAUUUAUUUUAGCCUGGUCUCUUUCCGCCUGCGUCGUGGACUAGCCUGCAUUUUGACCUUUUCAUUUAUUUUUUAUCUUUUCGUUUUUUACAUGGCGCGCGGACGGUGUAUGCGGUUCGGCAUCGGCUCCGGGUCUGCCUGUGAUAUAACCACCGAGGAUAAUUUGGAUACCGGAGCAGCAACAGCAGUCUCGUUGGUCUACCAGAGAGGCUCCAGCAGCACCAACGCCUCCGGCGCCCCCGCCAUAUCCUCUGCCUCUUCCCGGCUCUAUGACGAGUAAUGGUCGGCUUGGAUGGCUGGAUGCGUCCUCUCUCCACAGAGCUCCAAGGUUCUGCAUCGGUACCUCUCCUCCUUCUAACACAGCUCCAUUUUCGUUGGUAACCUUCCGCAUUCUCGAUUCUACAUAUGGAAACUGGGGACCAGAAUUUUAGGAAAAAGGAAACCUAUAGCGGUGCCGAUCUUUUUGUUUUUAUUCCACGACGAAGCUACUCCGUUUUUAGGGGGCUGCGGUUUUGCGUUGUGACUUGAUUAUAUUUAUUCAUUUUGGAUUCGGGGCUUGAAUUCGAUUCUUCUCCCUCGUUUACCCCGAUGGUUGUUUAUUUGAUUUGAUCUAAGGCAAGCCCUCAUGUCUGCCCCUGCCGAGUAUUUCGUUAUGUUGGUUUUGGGGCACCAUUUGAAUGCGUUCAUUUGAAUGAUUGUUCAUUGUUUCAUUUCCUCUCAGUGUCCCUCUCUACCUUCAAGUCCCCAACCCCGUCUCCCUCUCUUUCUCUCUCUCCCUCCCUGUUCUCCUCUCUUUGCCGAAUAGAAUAAUAGGCCAAAGACAGACAGGCAAGAUGCUUGACAAGACUCCAUGAUUCCAUGUGAAUUUGACCAGGCAGGUUAGAAUAACGUUGUCAGAAAAUUGUCAGUAGAUUUUCGGUAGGCCUAUUCUAAUUGGUAGGAAGUCUUUUUAAAUUGUGGAUCAGAGGGUUUAGGAAAUCAGUAGGGUCUACCAUUAGACCUAACCCCCAGCCUCCUCCUAAUCCCAUUGGCCGUUCAAUCUGAACUCCCUGUGUGUGAGUGUGUGUGAGAACGUGUGUGAGUGUGUGUGAGAGUGUGAGUGUGUUUGUGUGAGUGGGUGCUGUGCUGGACCGUUCCCCUACACAUGCCCCUUACACUUUCCAGAUAGAAGUCGUGUAACACGUGUGACAUCACUAGUGAGAGGACAGAGAGGAUAAAUGUCAAUGCUACUUGUAGGCUAACUGUUUUCAGCAGGUAGUUGGUAGCUUUCCACCUACUCUGGUUAGGGUCUGUAGCCCUACUCCAAACCAGUAGGCCUCUGCUGUUUGGCCGGCCUAUCACAUUUGUUUGUAGAGGCUGCUAGGCCUAUCACGUUUGUUCAUAGAGGCUGCUUGGCCUAUCACGUUCGUCCUUAGAGGGCCCAAACACACACCAUCUUCCUUCCAUCACCUAAUUUCUCACCUGUGUCAGUUCCCCCGCCCGAAAACCAACCAUACGAUUCCCCCCGAGCUCCCCUGCCUCCCCCCCCGACACCCCCCCACCUCGGGCCCGUGGAAACCACCCCCCCCACCACCAGGGCCCAUUUCCCGCCUCUGCCUCCACCCCGUGGUCUCACAAGCUGACCAACAUUUACUUCCUGUUCGUCAAGAGGAAAGGGGGUUCCCCUUUCAUGGAAUGCGGCAACAUGGGCGUGUUUGACCGCGGAGUUCAGAUGCUGCUGACCACGGUCGGUGCGUUCGCCGCCUUCAGCCUCAUGACCAUCGCCGUGGGGACGGAUUACUGGUUGUACUCCCGAGGGACGUGCAAAUCCAAGAGCAACAACGAGAACGAGACCGUGAAGAAGAACGAGGAGGUGAUGACACACUCUGGCCUGUGGCGGACCUGCUGCCUAGAAGGCUCAUACAAAGGGAUGUGUAAACAGAUAGACCACUUCCCAGAAGACACAGACUUCCAAGCGGAUGGCGCUGAGUUCUUUUUACGUGCGGUGCGAGCCUCCAGUAUCUUCCCCAUCAUGAGUGUGAUCCUGCUCUUCAUGGGAGGGCUGUGUAUAGCUGCCAGCGAGUUCUACAAGUCACGCCACAACAUCAUCCUCAGCGCAGGCAUCCUCUUCGUCUCCGCAGGACUGAGUAACAUCAUCGGCAUCAUCGUCUACAUAUCAGCCAACGCGGGCGACCCGUCCAAGUCGGACUCCAAGAAGAACAGUUAUUCCUAUGGCUGGUCGUUCUACUUCGGCGCCCUCUCCUUCAUCAUGGCCGAGAUGGUGGGCGUGCUCGCCGUGCACAUGUUCAUCGACCGCCACCGGCAGCUCCGCGUGGGGGCCGCCAUCAGCGCCGCCGACUACCUCCAGGGCGCCGCCAUCACGCGCAUCCCCUCCUACCGCUACCGUUACCGGGGACGCUCGCGCUCCAGCUCCCGUUCCACCGGGGACGCAUCCCGGGACACGUCACCGGUGGGGCUGAAGGCAUUCGGGGCGCUGCCGUCGACGGAGCUGUCCAUGUACACGUUGCCGCGGGAUACGCUGAAGAACCAGACAGGCACGCCGACAGCCGCCUAUAACUCAACCACGUUGGAACGAGACCACAGCUUCCUCCAGGUCCACAACAGUAUUCAGAAAGACCUGACGGACACGAGCAACGCAGCUAACCGCCGCACCACACCUGUAUGAGAGACAGAGAGAGGGAGGGAGAGAGGGGCGGAGAGAGGGGCGGAGA